AGAAUGGAAGGAAGCAGAUGGGACUUCAUCGUCGACCAAAGCCGGAUGUCCAGAGUAGUCGAGAUCCGUGAGGUGAUGAGCAUCAGUGAGCUAAAAGAAGCUGUGUUGAAUGAGUUUUUCCCGGAAGGCUCUUUCGGUGUCUCAGCAGAUCAUUCCUACUGGCCUCCCCACUCCUCUGAACUGGUGUCUGGGAUAACAACGCCACUUGUGCUCGUUACAAACAGAGGAGGGAUUAAAUUCUUCUUCAAACAUUUCCACAUCUCACCUUCCAUGAACAUAUUUGUAUCUUUUGGGGUGAAUGCUGACUGUACUAGGAAGGAUGAACAGAACUACAAUGCACGAGAAACUAAUACCCCUGCCCCAGGUCAUUUCAACGCUGCUUCCUCGGAUGAAGUUUUGUUGUCAUCCAGGACAGACUUCAACGCAUGUGUAUUCUCUAUGUCGUCGCAAGGAAUGAAGAGAAACUGGCAUGGGGAUGGAUUCUCCAACAAUAAGCUGAUGGGAACAUCCGGUUCGACGAAGUUCCGCGACGCCAAGCCCACCCUCCUCUUGGACUUGGACGACGCAAAGAUUAUUGACAACGUGCAGCAAGCAGAGGAGGAGUUUUUCAAACACGCCAGGUCUAAGAAACCAUCCACACCCUCUGAUGGCAACGAAGAUUCAGACUACGAGGACUACCAUGGUGUUUCCCCAGACGUCUCCGAUGUUAGGCCAGUCGACGACCCUCUCGCCGGCUCGGAUGCCGCAGACAUAAUGUGUCCACCAUCUGAAGGAUUUGAUGCCAAGGCUGCAGCCAUGGGGAUGCGUAGAGAGUACAUACGCUUCACUAAAGACGCCUUUGACCACUCAGUAGUCACUGGCAACCUCCUACAGAAAUACAAGUACCCAUGGCUCCUAAAGUCCUCUUAUGAGACGGGGGCUACUAGCAACCCAGAAUCAAGGGCCAUUGUUAUGGAUAGCUAUCCACAGAUACACCGGUCCACAACGUCCAAGGGCUUCGACCAAGGACGACCUCUAGUUGCCGAAAUGGCUCAUUUCAGCAACAACCCCAACUCGCAGGCUUCAAAUGUACAGACCGAAGUGGACAACCAAUCCGCCGCCCGCCACGCCACAGAGGAAACUUACUCCGGUGUCAUUUACCUCGUCGAAAACGCUGCGGAUGAAGAAAUUCCACCUGAGUUAACCAAGUUAGUUAUGUUUCCACCAAGGAGCCGCAUAGCAUCGGACAGGAGAAAAGAAACACGCUGUCCAUCCGCUGGAGAGAUACCUGUAAGCUCAUUUUUAAAGUUACCAAGAGUUUUAUUUCUUACUCCCUAA